AUGGGGAUCAGUCAGUCAAGGACCUCCACGGACAAGGACUCCAAGGGGAUGCUGAUCCUGAGGAGGAGGAAGAAAUUUUCCCCGUGGGAUGACACCCUGCUCUCAGGAAAGGACCCACGGUCCCUGCUGAAGCGGGGCAUGUGCCACAUCAGCUUUAGCUUGGUCACAAAAGGAAUGACAGACAUCCCAGACUUUCUGUGGGGCUUGUCCGAGGUCCAGAAACUCAAUUUUUCUCACAACCAGCUCUGGGUUCUCCCUCCCGAGGUGGGGCAACUGACUCGGAUUGUGGUCGUGAACUUGUGCGGGAACCGCCUGAAGAGUCUGCCCAGAGAAAUCAGCCUCCUCCAGGGCCUCCAGGUUCCGUUCGUCAACAUGAACUGCCUGACCGAGGUGCCAGCCGAGCUGAGCCUGUGCAGGAACCUGGAGGUCCUGAGCCUGUCGCACAACGGCCUGUCCCAGCUUCCGGCCAGCUUUGCCGACCUCUGCAGACUGAGGAAGCUGAACCUCAGCAACAACCGUUUCGUCCACAUCCCCAUCUGUGUGUGGCUCAAACAACAGAAAUUAAUUUUCCUCAUAAUUCUGGAGAACAUCGCAGAGAGCAUCCAGGGCCUGGCCAGCCUGCAGAUCUUCAUCGCCGAGAGCAGCAACAUCCACUCCUUCCCCAGGUCGCUCUGCCUUGUCACAAGCCUGGAGCUGCUGAACUCAAACAACAAUGACAUCCAGACCCUCCCCAGUGAACUCUACCUGCUGUGUAGACUGGCCAGGAUUGCUUGGAAUCCCAUGGACAAAGGGCUGCACAUUUCCCAUAACUCUUUAUCCAAGCCCCUGCCGGAAGUGGUAGAGGGGGGCCUGGACAUGCUGUUCAGCUACCUGAAGGAAAAAAAACACAACUGA